UCUUCAAAUAAUACUGAACUAGUUAUGGCAUGUUCUGGGUUAGAUCGACAGGGUGGUAUAGUUCAAAAAGCAGACGACGUUGAUAAAAACUCAGAUAUUGAGACUAGAAAAAGUAAAACCAGCUUGAAGAUCCAGUUAUAUGCUGAACAAAAACGAAUCUGGCCUACUGAAGGAAAGCAUAUUUUAGCUCAGUUUGACCAAGAAACCAUUGUUGUUUAUCAAGCUUUUAAUCCAUCAAUUGCAAAAUAUGCUGUCAAUCAUCAAACCUUUGGAGGCCCCGACUACAGUUUUACAAGAAUGUCUUGGAUUAAAACAAACUUUUUAUGGAUGAUGUAUAGGUGUGGAUGGGCGAAAAAAGUCAACCAACAAAGGGUGUUAGCUAUAACUAUUUCUAGAACCGGUUUUGAAGAAAUUUUAUCACAAGCUUACACAGCCAAGUUACAGAAAUCUAAAGGUUUGGAAUCAGAUAAGAUAGAAGUUAGAUUACAAUGGGAUCCAGAUCAUCUUCCGACAGGAGAAAAGGAACUUGGAAGACGAGCGAUUCAACUCGGUCUUAAAGGAGAAACAUUACGUAAAUUAUCAAGUGAUUGGUUGGUGAAAAUAGAGGACAUUACCGAAUUUGUUCAUCAAGAACAUGAAGUGUUAUUAAGAGAAGGGCUGUGGAAAAUAUUUACGCCCAGUGAACAAGUUUAUCCUCUCUGUGAUUCAAAUAUUUCUCAGCGUAUUGGACUAGACUUUUAUGACCAUAAAGGACCUACUGUUGUAAAAAUGUGAUAUUCAUUAAUACACUUUAAUAACACUUCCUCGACAAAACAAUGUUACGAUCAGAUCAGAUUUGUAGCCUUAGAUCAUCGUUGGCCAACUACAAUAUUGUAUAUAUAUCGAAUCUCUAAAGAAAUAUCAGUCCAAAAAUGAUGAACUGAAAAUUUCGCAACAUUCUCUGCAGAUGACAUAAACAGGAUAUACAUAUGUAAUCAAAACAAGCCUGCCAACUAUACUCUUUACUAGAAUCAUUUGAUAGGCCCCUGUAUAUUAAUUUAAAUGUAUAAAGCUAACAAUAAACAGUACAUACAAUA